GACAUCCUUAGUCCGGACCAGAGCCGACACCUAAAGUCGAAUGUGUCAAACGAACACAGGAAACAGGCCUUCCCUCAACACCAAGGGCACCAUCAGCACCACAUGUCUGGCUCGAGCGUCAUGCUGGACGACGAUGCUUAUGAUGCAAAGGAGUCGGAGCAGGAGCGAGCGUUUGGCGCACAACUGGAUCGGGUCGCAGGCUUUUCGCUGAGCGACGAUGGAUUCGGAGACGACGAUGAGGCCUCUAGAUUGAUCACUCAGGCCAGAGAGGCCGCGCAAUUGGAAGCCAAGUACGGAAACCUAGACGAGUCUCGUAUGAAGGAACUCCAGGACCGACAUGAAGAGCUCAAGAAGGGAAUCCAAGGGUUGUCGUCUGUCCAAUCCAAAGCCUCGCGUCAGAACAGCAGCAAGGAUGUAGUAGUAGAUGGUGGGCUGGGGCCGCCUCCGGCUGCUGUUGGACUGGAUGAGCUCCGGGCGGAUAGAGGAGGAGGCGUUAAUUGUGAUGAGAAUCCGGAUAACUGGUGCUGCAUAUGUAAUGAGGAUGCGACAUGGACAUGUCCUGGGUGCGAUAAUGAUAACUACUGCGAAGAGUGUUUCCGAGAGAGUCAUAUUGGACCCGAUGCAGACUGGGAGAUGAAGAAGCAUCGUCCGCGACCUUUUGUAAAGGCAAAGUAAAAAGUAAAAAAAUAAAGUCUCAUUUAUAUUUGUACAAGAUAUAAUGCCAAU